ACGACGGGCUGAGCCCCUCAUUCCCGUCGCGAGCCGAGGCCGCGCGGGUUUGUGAGCAGCGGCCUGGUGCGCGCGCUGGGCCGACCAAGGAGGCCGACGGACGUAGACGCCGGCGGAGUAGAAGCCAGAGCGGCAGUCUUUGCUGCUGAGGGGCCGCCGCGAGCCCCCGGACCGACGCCUGGCCGAGGAGGGCGCCGCGCGGCGCACUUGGCAAGAUGACCCAGUUCCUGCCGCCCAACCUUCUGGCCCUGUUUGCCCCCCGUGACCCCAUCCCAUACCUGCCACCCCUGGAGAAACUGCCACAUGAAAAACACCACAAUCAACCUUACUGUGGCAUUGCGCCGUACAUCCGAGAAUUUGAGGACCCCCGAGAUGCCCCUCCCCCAACUCGAGCGGAAACCCGGGAGGAACGUAUGGAGAGGAAGAGGCGGGAAAAGAUUGAGCGGCGACAACAGGAAGUGGAGACUGAGCUGAAGAUGUGGGACCCACACAACGACCCCAAUGCUCAGGGGGAUGCUUUCAAGACGCUCUUCGUGGCGAGAGUGAACUACGACACGACAGAAUCCAAACUCCGGAGAGAGUUUGAAGUGUAUGGACCCAUCAAAAGAAUCCACAUGGUCUACAGCAAGAGGUCGGGGAAGCCCCGAGGCUACGCCUUCAUCGAGUACGAGCACGAGCGGGACAUGCACUCCGCUUACAAGCACGCAGACGGCAAGAAGAUUGAUGGCCGGAGGGUCCUUGUCGACGUGGAAAGGGGCCGAACUGUGAAGGGCUGGCGGCCCCGGAGGCUGGGAGGUGGCCUAGGUGGUACCCGGAGAGGCGGGGCCGACGUGAACAUCCGGCAUUCAGGCCGAGAUGAUACCUCCCGCUACGAUGAGAGGCCCGGCCCCUCCCCACUUCCCCACAGGGACCGGGACCGGGACCGCGACCGCGAGCGGGAGCGUAGAGAACGCAGCCGGGAGCGAGACAAGGAACGGGAACGACGACGCUCCCGCUCUCGCGACCGGCGGCGACGCUCCCGGAGUCGAGACAAGGAGGAGCGGAGGCGCUCCAGGGAACGCAGCAAGGACAAGGACCGGGACCGCAAGCGGAGAAGCAGCCGCAGCCGUGAGCGGGCUCGGCGGGAGCGGGAGCGCAAGGAGGAGCUGCGCGGGGGCGGGGGCGGAGGCGACAUCGCGGAGCCCUCCGAGGCCGGCGAUGCACCCACUGAUGACGGGCCUCCCGGGGAGCUUGGUCCCGAUGGCCCCGACGGCCCCGAGGAGAAGGGCAGGGAUCGAGACCGGGAACGACGCCGGAGUCACCGGAGCGAACGUGAACGCCGCCGGGAUCGGGAUCGGGAUCGUGACCGCGAGCACAAGCGAGGGGAGCGGGGCGGGGAGCGGGGCAGGGAUGAGGCCCGAGGUGGCGGCGGCGGCGGUGGCGCUGGAGGGGGCAGCCAGGACAACGGGCUGGAGGGUCUGGGCAACGAAGGCCGAGACGUGUACAUGGAGUCUGAGGGGGGCGAGGGCUACAUGGCUCCGGAGAACGGGUAUCUGAUGGAGCCGGCUCCAGAGUGAACAGGCCACGGUUUUGUCGGCUGUGUUCUUCAUGCCCCACUGUCAUCUUGUCCCACCUCUACUCUGUUGGCCACCUAAGUUUGCCAGCCAAGGGGAGGAAGCCCAUAUUAGGCCUGACCUCUUGGAUUUAAGAAUAAAAUUAAUUUCCUGUU